AGUCAGUGGAGUGAGAACGAUUACCGUAUACGUGCAUGAAUCCGAAAGGUUCGUCCUAGGAUCCUGUACAGGCUGUAGACCUACUCCGUAGAAUCUACUCGUAACGAUUUUACGUGGCCAUUGACCCGCCACUCUCACUGGGUGCAGCCGCUGUCCGUUGGUGAAACGAGCAAAGCUUCAGAGUUUGCGUCGUCGUCUCCUCCUAGCGCGCUCUGACUGAAGCUGCAGUCAACAUGAGUCAGCUACGAUGGGCUCAGAGACUAUUGGGCCCGAUGGCUGCAAGGCCCAGUCCCCUUGCUCGGAUGCAGCCCUCUCGCACUGCUACAAGUAGUAGUGCGGAGCUCACCGUGGACCGAGCAAACGUUGUGGUGAUAGGCGGUGGAGUCGUCGGCACUAGUAUAGCCUAUCACCUGGCAAAGCUGGAUGCGCCGCGUGCUGUCCCAAUCGAUGGCAUCGGUGCCUGUCCCGAGGUUGUCCUGCUGGAGAAGUCUGAAUUGACGGCAGGGUCAACUUGGCAUGCCGCUGGCCUCACCACCACCUUCCAUCCUGGCGUGAACAUGCGACGUGUGCACUAUGACAGCCUUACACUCUACACGCAACUGGAGAAGGAAACAGGACAGGCUGUCGGCAUGCAUCGCUGUGGUUCGUUGCGACUUGCGGAAACAGGCACGCGCAUGGACGAGUUCCGACAGCACCUGAGCAGGGCGAGUUGGUAUCCAGCGCCUGCAAGGAUCCUGGACGCGGCCGAGGUGGUGGAGAAGUGCCCGCUGAUCAAUCCCGACGGCAUUAUCGGUGGCUUUUUCAAUCCACACGAUGGCUACAUUGAUCCUUACUCUGUGACCAUGGCGUUGGGUGCUGGUGCCAAGCAACACGGUGCAAAGAUCUUCACACACACAGAGGUGACUGACAUGGAGAGCAUGGCUGGCAGUGAAGGUUUCAGGUGGAAGGUCACAACACCGAAUGGCUCCAUCCAGUGCCGCCACGUCGUCAACGCCGCCGGAUUCUGGGGCCGAGAGCUCGACGCCUUGCUCCAGCAUGGACGCAAGGGCACGGGUGCCAAGCUGCCACUGAUACCAGGCCAUCACCAGUACUGCAUCACGGACACGCUCGCGGAGGUGCAGGCGCUGAAGAAGGAAAUGCCAGUGGUGCGAGAUCUGCACGGCUCCUAUUACAUACGUAUGGAGCGCGACGGGCUGCUCGUGGGUCCGUAUGAACGCCCUGAGCGCAUGAAACUAGAGGAGAGCUGGCUGCUGGACCGUGUCACACCCGGAUUUGGCCAGGAACUGUUCGAGAACGACCUGGACAGGAUCGGGCCUAAUUUGGAGAUGGCUGUGAACCGAUUCCCGGCGUUCGGCAAGGCUCCCAUCAUUCGUACAGUGGCAGGGCCCAUUACGUUUGCUCCUGACGGCAUGCCGAUGGUUGGACCCAAGCCUGGUCAGCCGGGUAUGUGGCUGGCUGUUGGCUUCAGCUACGGCAUUAUCCACGGCGGAGGCCUGGGCAGGUAUCUUGCCGAUUGGAUCAGGAAUGGCUAUCCGCCAUAUGACCUGACAGAAACUGAUCCGGCUCGCUACGGCAACUGGAGCGACGAUCCCACAUACAUCAUGAACAAGACGAAAGAGACGUAUGGGAUGAACAACUCGUAUGCCUAUGUUAAGGAGGAACGCUUUGGCGGCAGGCCGACGAAACGUGCGGGUCCUCUUUACGCAUCGCUGCAGAAACGUGGUGCUCGAUUCGGCUUCAAGGCAGGAUUUGAGGUUCCUCUAUGGUUUGAGCGACCUGGUGACACGCCCGGCUACCAACCCAGCUUCCACCGCACCAACUGGUUUGAGCCGGUCGGCAGGGAGAGCCGUCUGGUGCGGGAGAACGUCGGUGUGAUUGACCUCUCGUCGUUUGCCACGUUCACGGUGUCCGGCCAGGACUCGUACCGCUUCCUGAAUCUGGCCUUUGCCAACAGAAUUCCAAAGACCCAAGGCCGUUCGUGCCUGGCGCACAUGCUCACACAUAACGGCCGCGUCAUGUCCGAGAUGACUGUCACGUGCACUGUGCCUACGGCCAAGGACGGCAGUGGUGGGGAGUACAUGCUGACUACGGGAGGAGGCUCAGAGCUGCACGAUCUCAGGUGGCUGGAAGGGUUAAAUAUGCCCAAACACUGCAACGUUGCCAUUCGGAACACCACUGAUGAGUUGUCUUGCCUAGGCAUUGCUGGCCCCAAGUCACCGCGGCUGAUGGAGCGCCUGUUCCCGGGGACGGAGUUCUCGCGUGACACGUGGAAGCUGAUGUCACACCGCAAACUCACCAAUAACAGCGGCGUGGAGAUGGACGUGAUCAGGAUCUCCUACACAGGUGAGCUCGGCUGGGAGGUUCACUGUCCGCAGGCAUCCGUUGUUGAUCUGCACGCCACGGUGCAUCGGCUAGGCGCAGAUCUCGGCGUGGAUGACUUUGGCACGUACGCUAUGAACUCACUGCGCAUGGAGAAAGGAUUCCGAGCGUGGGGAGCUGAGAUGAGCAAGGACAACACUAUGGUGGAAUCCGACAUGAUGUCAUUUGUGAGAGGCAACGUAGAGCCGGACGUGCAAGCGUGCAUUGGCAUGGCAGCACUGGAGCACGAACUUCGCGCAGGCAGCAAAGAGAAGCUGGUGAUGCUGAAGGUGCUGGAAGAUGACGGGAAAACAGACCCGGACGGCAUGGAGGCAGUGUAUUGCGACGGCAAGGUCGUCGGUCAUGUUUCCUCCGGCUGUUACGGAUACCAAGUUGGUCAUGGCCUUGCGUUUGCAUUCGUCCCACCAUUCCUUGCCGAAGAGGGCCUCGAGCUCGAGAUUGACGUCAUUGGCAAGCUACGGCGAUGCGUUGUCAUUGCGCCGCCUGUGAAAGCCGAUCACCUGAGGAACUGAACUGUGUUGUAAAGUCACCAUCCCUUGGUCUUUGUGUAAUAGCUAUAUCACUCGUUUGCA